AUGUUGGAGGGUCAACAAGGCUUGGGGGGUCAACCAGGCUCGGAGGGUCAACCAGGCUUGGAGAAGUUGGAGGGUCAGCCGGGCCUGGGUGGUCAACCGGGCUUGCCAGGCUCGGAGGGUCAACCAGGCUUGGAGAAGUUGGAGGGUCAGCAGGGCUUGGGUGGUCAACCGGGCUUGAAGAUGUUGGAGGGUCAACAAAGCUUGGGGGGUCAACCAGGCUCGGAGGGUCAACCAGGCUUGGAGAAGUUGGAGGGUCAGCAGGGCUUGGGUGGUCAACCGGGCUUGAAGAUGUUGGAGGGUCAACAAAGCUUGGGGGGUCAACCAGGCUCGGAGGGUCAACCAGGCUUGGAGAAGUUGGAGGGUCAACCGGGCUUGGGCGGUCAACCGGGCUUGGAGGUGUUGGAGGGUCAGCCGGGCUUGGAGGGUCAAGCAGGCUUGGAAGCGGUGGAGGUGCACCCAAAGACCAAGGUGUUGGAGGUUCAACCGAGUUUGAAGACAUCGGAGAGUCAGCGAGGCUCACAGCGGAUGGAAGUUCAGCCGGGCUCGGAGACGACGGAGGGGCAUCCCACGACCAAGACGUUUGGGAUGCAGCUAAGUGUGGACACGUCGGAGGUUCAGCCAGGUCUGGAGACGAUGGAGGGGCGCCCAAAGCCCGGGAGCCUUGGGGCGCACCGAGGGCUGGAGACCGGGGAGGAGAACCCCAAGACCGGGAGCCCCAAGGGGCACCCGCCUCUGGGGGGGCGCCCCACGGCGGAACGCCCCGUGGAGGACCUCCCCGUGGAGGACAACCCCGAGGUGGAGAACCCCCUGAUGAAGCACCCCGAGGUGCAGCACCCCAUGGAGGACCUCCCCAUGACACCCCUCGUGGUAGCAGCAUCUCCAGAUGUUUCAGAGACAUCUGUCAUGGUGGUGGCACCUCUGGACCUGGUGGUGGUGGCACCUCUGGAGGUGGUGGGUGCAGCUGUCGCAGCGGUGGCACCUCUGGACCUCGUUGUGGUGGUACUUCUGGACCUGGUGGUGGUCCCUCCGGAGGUGGUGGUGGUCACAUCCAUCGUGAUGGUGGUCCCAUCCAUGGUGGUGGUGGCACCUCCGGACCUGGUGGCGGUGGCCCCUUCGGCUGCAGUGGUGGUGGCACCUCUGGACCUGGUGCCACCUUCAGAGGUGGUGUCCCCGGGUGUCACCACGGUGGUCCCCAUGGGAGACGUCUUGGAGGUCCUGGGGGGCGUCCCCUCGGAUGUCCCUGUGGGUCUCAUCGCCGACAUCCCCAGGGGUGUCAUCGAGGGCGUCAUCUUGGAGGUCCCCAUGGGUGCCACCACCGAUGUUUCCAUGGGUGUCACCAUGGCCAUGGGUUCCAUCACCGCUGUCCCCAUGGGUGUCACCACGGAGGUUCCCAUGGGUGCCACCAUGCACGUCCCCAUGGUUUCCACCACCGCUGUCCCCAUGGGUGCCCCCAUGGCGGUUCUCACGGAG